GGAAGCGGAAACCAGCCGAGCCGUGCCGCCUUCCUGCGGGCCUGGCCGUGCCGAGCCGUGCCGGCAUGGGCGAGAGCACCAGCCCCAUCAGCGUCAUCCUGGUGAGCUCGGGCAGCCGCGGCAACAAGCUGCUGUUCCGCUUCCCCUUCCAGCGCGGCGCCGAGCACCCCGCUGCCCAGGCCAAUAAACCAAGGAGUCGAUAUGCUGUGAAUAGCUCUGGUGACACCUCAGAGGAUCAAGAUGGGGACUCCAGAGACCAAUGUCCUCUAACUGAUGAGCAAUUGGUUUCAGGGUUUUCAGAUGUCAUCCUGGCAACGAUUUUGGCUACAAAGUCAGAUAUGUGUGGCAAAAAAUUUGAACUGAAGAUUGAUAAUGUUCGCUUUGUUGGCCACCCUACAUUGCUUCAGCAUGCCCUUGGGCAGGUAUCCAAAACUGAUCCCUCGCCAAAGAGAGAGAUGCCCACUAUGAUUCUCUUCAAUGUGGUGUUUGCCCUAAGGGCCAAUGCAGAUCCAUCAGUGAUAAACUGCUUACACAACCUUUCCCGUCGAAUCGCCAUCGUCUUGCAGCAUGAGGAGCGCCGCUGCCAGUACCUGACCAGGGAGGCCAAGCUGAUCUUAGCUAUUCAGGAUGAAGUGUCUGCCAUGUCAGAAACCACAGAAGGGCCACAGUCACCUUUUCAUCAUAUCCUGCCCAAGUGCAAAUUGGCCAGAGAUCUCAAAGAGACUUAUGACAGUCUCUGUACAACAGGAGUGGUCCGAUUACAUAUCAACAACUGGCUGGAAGUGAGUUUCUGCCUGCCUCAUAAAAUCCAUUAUGUUGCAACAAACUUUAUUCCUCCAGAAGCAAUUGAGAGAAGCCUGAAAUCGAUCAGGCCUUACCAUGCCUUAUUACUUCUAAAUGAUGAGAAGUCGUUGCUUAAUGAGCUCCCAUUGGACUGCUCUCCUGCCCUGGUGAGAGUAAUUAAAACUACCUCUGCUGUGAAGAAUUUGCAGCAACUGGCUCAAGAUGCUGACUUGGCAUUGCUGCAGGUUUUUCAGCUUGCUGCACAUCUUGUUUACUGGGGAAAAGCAAUUAUUAUUUAUCCGCUGUGUGAAAACAAUGUCUACAUGCUUUCUCCAAAUGCCAGUGUCUGUCUUUAUUCUCCAUUAGCAGAUGCAUUUUCUUGUCAGUUUCGGGGCCACAAUCUGCCAUCGAUGCUUUCCAAGUUCUCCCUCCCAGUGUCACUCUCAGAGUUCAAGAAUCCACUUGCACCGCCUGUUCAGGAGACUCAGCUCAUUCAAAUGGUGAUAUGGAUGCUCCAACACCGGCUUCUUAUUCAGCUUCACACUUACGUCUGUCUGAUGGUGCCACCAAAUGAGGAGGAUUUCCGGGCCCAGGAUGAAGACAUGCCCUUUACUGCCAGAGUUGGAGGCCGAAGUUUAAGCACCCCCAAUGCUCUCAGCUUUGGCUCUCCGACUAGUAGUGAUGACAUGACUCUGACAAGUCCUAGCAUGGACAAUUCCAGUGCUGAGUUGAUACCUGGUGGGGACUCACCCCUAAAUAAAAGGAUGACAGAGAAUCUCCUAGCAAGCUUGUUGGAACACGAGCGGGAAGCUAUCCUCAAUGUCCCUGCUGCCCAAAAUCCAGAAGAUCUUCGCAUGUUUGCAAGGCUGCUGCACUAUUUCCGAGGACGACACCAUUUGGAGGAGAUCAUGUACAACGAGAACAUGCGUCGCUCCCAGCUGCUGAUGCUGUUUGACAAAUUCCGCAGUGUCCUGGUAGUGACCAGCCACGAGGACCCGGUGAUUUCAGUUUUCCAGUCAGUCUUAAAAUGACUCUACUGGCAAAAACCUGCCACACGCUUGGUGUUCUAGGAGAUGCUUAAAACAUAAGAGAUGAAUUCAAUUCCUUCUUGCCACAUGACACAGAGCAGGUUCUCUCCCUUCGUGCCUCCAUUUCCCAUCUUCAUCCUGUGGUUACAGCUGAGGCCAGUCUAUGUGAGGGGCUCUGGGGCCUGCUGCAGGACAGCGUGUGCUUGCUCAGCUUGGAUUCCUGCCGUGCCACCUGCACAGCAGGGGAGCUGCUGUGUCACUGUUUUCCUACUCCUUCACCAGGGAUUGUAAGUGUGGUCCAAGAAGAUUUUUAACAGCAGUGUUACUGACAGUACAUUUGGGUGGAUGUUUUGCAGGAGAAAUGCUUUUUCUGCUCUCCGGCAGUGUGACCGCUGGGUCAUUUAGCCGUGGGCACCGUUCGUGGGCAGCCUCUCCCUACGGCAGACCGUGCUUGGCUUUGCUCAAGGGCAGAGCAGAGUUGUCCUGGCUUUUAGGGACAUGUCCCUGGGUGCUGAGGAAUUCUGUUUGAUCAUCAUUAUCUGGCAGCAGUGGGGACAUAACUAAGAAUGCAAAGUAUCACAAGUAAACAGUUUCAUGAAUGGAAAUGACUUGCUUUGUUAUGGCUUGCUGCUUCCUCUCCCCAGUAUCCUUAUUACUAAGUGUCUGUGGGGACCCUGUUGUCACAAGGCAGCCUGUUUGCAGAUUUGCAGGUGUGUUUUUGACUGGGGCAGGAGGAGCUUGGUUACAGAGCAGGACUGAAAUUGUCUGGCCAUACUGCAGGUGCUUGGCUGUAUUUGUUCCACAAAGCUGCAGGCUGCUGCUUGCCCCUCUGGGGCCUAGUUUGUGGCUCCGUUCCCCUCCCUGCAAGCACUGCUGCAGCUGCAGGGCAGCAGACGAGGGAGCUGGCCUGGGUUAAAGCCAUCCAGCUGAAAACCAACACACAGGGCUGGACGUGGCUGUGCUUCCUUACCCAGUUCAGCAACGCUUGAGCAGCUCCCCACAGCUGCUCACCAUGGCGGGGUCCAAGGCGGCAGCAAGGCAGGGACGUUCUGCCAUCAGCUGCAGCAAAGUGCCCGUUUCACCUCUUCCCCUAAGGGCAACGCUGAGCUCCAGCUGCUGCAUGGGUGAAGGCAGAGAAGGCCCAGGGGCCGGGGCUAGGAGAUGCUGAGCUCUUGGGCACCCCUACAGCUCUGCUGUGCAUCCAGGAAAGGGCACAGGGGCAACUUUUGCUUCCGUGGUGGCGGCUUCCAGGGACACGUGGUGUGUACAGACCACCAGGCUCCUCUUGAAGACCUUCCUGUAUACCGCACAGAUCACACACACAAGCUUGAACUUUUCCCCAGAGCUGCAGGACUGUGAGAGCGGCUUCACUUGCCCACACGGCAGGGGUGAAAAACGCGUUGCCCAACAUACCCACCACCAGCAGGGCGCAGCUGCACCGAGGGAGCCCAGGGCCCACAGCGUGCUGGAUACCUGAUGACAGCUACUUCAUGCCAGUCCCUUUUGUGUGUUUCCCUUUGCGGCUGCAAGCAAGGAUGUUACAGAAGGACAAAAGUGAUGCCUGAGCUAGAAUCAGCACGACGUUGCUGCAGGGCCCCUUGGCCCAUCCAGUCCCCAGCAAAUGCAUCUCGGGGCGUUAAUGAGCUGGACAUAACUAAGCCCCUUUGGAGGAGCAGGGCAAGAGUCUUCUCAUGUGAUGGGGGGGUUUGGAAACUUGAACUUUUUCUUGCAUGUGAAUCCUGAAGGUGGAGAGGAAUCCCCGUCAUCUCCAUUUGUGGUCAUAGGGAUGAUGCUGACACAGACUGCUAGCUGAAGCCAAGUGCCACACGGCACUGAUGGGAUGUGGUCACCUGAGCCCAAGCCCGGGGACACAGAAACAUCCUUCAUGUUGGGAUGCUGCCUCACUCACCAGGAACAACUGUGGGAUUCCGAGGAGCUGCUAAUUACACUACUUGCCUUCAUCCAUCACAAAUGCAAGUGGAAACUGUGGUUACAUGUGAAUUAAAGCAAGUCCUUGGGAGCUCAUGUGAAGAAAGACAAGCCCUCAGAGAAACUCCAGGUGCUCCAAAGCAUCCACACAGCAGUGGCAGGGUGUACCUGGCACUUGUCUCCGGCUGCUCUUUGUGCGUUUCCACUAGGAAGUUUUCCAGCUCUUUCUAGCUGUGCGCAACACAGACCCUGCUCUGCUCCAAGCCAGCAGCCCCUGAGCGUGAGAGCAACGCCACAAGAGCUUUGGGAACAGCCAGCAGGCAGGAUAUGAGUGCAGGGAUGCCUUGAUGAGCUACUGCUUUCUCUGCCCUCCCAGCCCGCAGGCUGGCGCUCAGGACCCUCUGAGUGUAUUUGCGUAUCAGAAGUUUUACUUUAACUACCAAAUAGUACCUGAAUCCUGGCUCACCUCCUGCCUGCUGGAGUGCUUGAGCCUUCCUUCUUCCCUUUCUGCAGCCUGCCACUGCGAGCUCGUGGGGUCACCUGGCUUCAGCAGCAGCCUGACACAGACACUGCCACCGCCACACCAUCAGCGCAGCUCGGGUCCUCUGCUCCAGUCCAGAGACAGUGUAUUUACCUCCCAUGCCUCACAGAGUGACUCCAUGUACUGAGCAGAGUUUAGAACUAAAAGCUGGGGUCUGGCAGCAAUGCAGAGGCCAAUUCUCUCCCUGGGCAGCUAGAAAUCAUGAAAUGAUAAUGAAGUCCCACACCCGCGCUGUGCAGCUUGCUUCUCCCUCCCUGGAUCAACUCCAGCUCUCAUUCUUGGAAACAGCUCCUGGCUGCUGUAGAGACGUUUUCUCCUCUCUCCACCCAUCUGACUCACUGCUCUCAAAGCACUUCCUUCAAAGUCCUGGUCUAGGAUCCAAAAGUUAGGGAGAAGUCCACCCUGUGUGACCCUGAGCCUGGGUAGAGAAAUCACCAGGAUCCUGAUUUUACACGAGAUUAUUUCAGAUCUGGCAGCAAAAUGCUCACAUUGGCAAAUGCCUGAGGAAAAAAAAAAAAAAUCACAGCAAAGUCAAAGAGAAGCUUGACUGGCAUUUAUUAUCUUCCUGAAGCAAGGGAAGCCCAGCAUCCCUCUUAGCCCUUGGGAAGGCUCUUUGUGCUAAGAUUAUUCUGCUGUUGCCAAGAUUCGCGGUAGGAUUCAUGCACGCUGAAGGACAUUGCUUAUAUUUUUCUAUAAACUUUUCUUCCUCUAUCUUUUAUGAUUCCUCCAAAAACACAAUGCAGUGACACACUCCAUGGCUUCAGGCAGUACCAGUCUUGACAGUAAUGGGAAAGGCCCCUUCCAGUAUAGUCCCACGAUUCAGCUUUCUCUUGGUGAUGUACACAAAGAUUUCCCCUUCCUCUGUGACAGAAAAUACGAGACCACCCUUCAGCUCGUUACAGUUUUAUGAACACAAAACCACAACCAAGUGGACUCGGCUGAAUACACAAACAGCCUCAACUUCUCGCCUCAAUGUGGCGAGGCAACGUGCUACAGCUGAAAUGCUUUUGCCAUCUGUUGGCAGCAUCACAUUGGGCUGAGGACUUACUGUUGAGGACACUGCAGUGGUGGUGGGUCGUGCAGUAAAACUUGCUUUUGUAGCUGCUCUGCCACACAUCUCUGGCAGCACAGCUCUACUGGUGACACGCCUCUUCCUAUCCCUGAGCUUAAAGUCUCGCAUAAACCAAAUACAAAAACCAGAAGAUGUUUAUCCCAAGUGGUAGGAAAACAGACAAUGCUACGAGGCUACAUAUGAAAAAAAAAGGGAGCUUUAAAGAGCGAGAGGCUCAAGAGCCAAAUACCUCAUUCCUGAGAAGGUACGCAGAGGGCAGCAAGGAAGAGAGGCAUAUAAAAGCUUGCACACAUGCUACUGUCUUAGAUCCUGAGCUGUUUAAGAAGCAAAAAGCUGCCUGCACAAUUCAAGUCAGAGUUUAGCUGUUGUCUGCUGCAACAGUCUGACCUGUGCUGCUUGCCUGGUCCCAACAGCGCAUGUUUCCGGGACAGCCCUGUGUAGCAGCUAUGCCAAGAAGGUAGCAAAACACAGGCAACACAGGGAGCACGGCGCUUUGAUCUUCCUCCAGGGCAAGUACAGCUGCUUUCAUUAAGUUAACAGCUCCACAUCAGUGCUCAGUUCAGGAAGCUGAGCCGCAGCAGGACAGCAGCCAGUGGCUAUCUUGAAAUGCGCCCCUUCCUCAUCAGGACCCUGCUGUGGAAGCAGCACGAGGGCUUGCCAGCAAUGCAGAACUGGUCAGUUUGACCUGAGCCAGCACAGUUACAGCAAGACAAGGUCUCAGCAGGGGCACAGAAACGCUGAGGAAAAGCAGUGGUUGAGACAACAGAAAUUUGGAUACUGAACAGGCGUUUCCAGCAUGAGGGCCAGAUCACGCUACUCCAGCUGGUAAACGUGGCCACCCGAUCGGAAAGACCAAAGCAGGGCACUGCUGGGGCAGCAAACCUAAGGCUGCAAAGCAAAAUCUGCUGGGCAUUUCCUCCUGCACCCCAAUCCUGCAGAGUACAGAAAACUCACGUAAAGGCCUCAGUCACCAUCAAAAGCUUUCCUUCUGACCUCACAGUCAACUUGCCAUAGCAAAACAGGCCUAAAUGAAUAAUUGAUUAUGCAAAAGUCAUCGUGCAGUACCUGCUGACAGCUGUGGUGCCCAAGAACAGACAGGGAACACAAAUACUUCCAGGGUCUGUUCUUACACUUACAUCAUCUCAGACUCUGUGUCCCCACAACACCAUAUCAAGGUUGCAGAGCAGACAGAGGCUGAGUUCAUUUCUUUUUAGAGCACAGGAAGAUCCUGGCAAAGACAGGUAAUAACUUACUAACGGAUCUUUUUGUUUCCUACAAAUUCUCUCUUUGCUUUAGUGCAGAGACUCACUGUCUUGGGCAUUGCUUAGGGAACAAAACGUCUGGUCAGACACAUGGGGGAAUGUACUAAUGCAACACAAAUAACAUAAGAAACUAAAAAUAAAGCUAAGAGCUCAGCUAAAUCUUCAGAUUUCCAAACAGCCUAACUUUUAAAGGUGUGGCUUGGAGCUAUUUAGGAAGAGGGAUAUAAAUUCUUUGUUAGCCAUAAUCACAGAAAAAGCAGAGACCCCAAUCUCCAAAUUCCAUCAAAACAGCGAGCUCAUUGACUGUUUUGCUACAAAACUAAACAUAGGUAUAUAAGGGAAAAUUUCCAAAAGCAAAGAUUUCAAAGAAAUCUUUUAGAAUUCAAAGGCUAAGCUUUUUUUUUU